CCCCCCCGCGGCGCCGCCGCAGCCCCCGCGCAUAUAGAGCCGCUCCGCCGCACGGGCCCCGCCGCCGCCGCCGCUCCAGGCAUGGCACAGGGCUCUACCUCACUAUGGCAGCAGCAGCGCGGCACAGCACCCUGGACUUCCUGCUCGGCGCCACAGCUGAUUGUAAUGCCAUUCUUAAAGCUCUACAGCCCAUCUUUCAGGAGCAGGGAAUGACAGAAACAGUUCAUAACUGGGAAGACCAUGGUUAUUUAAUAACCUACAUAAAAAAAAAUGGCAGUUUUGCCAAUUUGAGAAUUCACCCUCAUGGAUUAGUGUCGGUGGAUCUGCAGAGCUACAAUGAUGACAUGAAAGGAAGAGAAGAAGUUGAUCAGCUUCUAAACAAAAUAGAAGAAAGAAUGAAAGAACUGUUUCAUGGUAACAUAAAAAGGGUGAAACGGUUGCCAGCCAUUUUGAGAGGAGGUGUCAUUGAUAGAUACUGGCCCACAGCUGAUGGGCGCCUGGUGGAGUAUGACAUAGAUGAAGUUGUUUAUGAUGAAGAUUCACCUUUUCAGAAUAUUAAAAUUCUGCAUUCAAAACAAUUUGGCAAUAUUCUUAUUCUCAGUGGGGAUGUUAAUCUGGCAGAAAGUGACCUGGCAUAUACUCAAGCCAUAAUGGGCAGUGGAAAGGAAGAUUACACUGGGAAAGAAGUGCUAAUCCUAGGAGGUGGUGAUGGAGGUAUACUCUAUGAGAUAGUCAAACUGAAGCCAAAGAUGGUUACUAUGGUAGAGAUUGACCAAAUGGUGAUUGACGGGUGUAAAAAACACAUGCGGAAAACGUGCGGAGAUGUCUUAGACAAUCUGAAAGGAGAGUGCUACCAGGUUCUAAUUGAAGACUGUAUUCCUGUACUGAAGAGGUAUGCCAAAGAAGGAAGAAUGUUUGAUUAUGUAAUUAAUGAUCUGACAGCUGUUCCAAUCUCCACAUCUCCAGAAGAAGAUUCCACAUGGGAAUUUCUACGGUUGAUUCUUGACCUCUCAAUGAAGGUCCUGAAACAAGAUGGAAAAUACUUCACACAGGGAAACUGUAUCAAUCUGACUGAUGCCUUGACUCUGUAUGAAGAACAGCUUAGCAGGCUGUAUUGUCCUGUGGAGUUUUCAAAAGAAACUGUGUGUGUUCCCUCCUACAUGGAAUUAUGGGUAUUCUACACGAUUUGGAAGAAACAGGCUGGCAUCUGAACGUCAAGAUUAUUUGAUAUUAUCUUAAAUGUACAUGCUGCAUGGAGCAUAUAGGCCUGCCACAUGCUGCAUAUUGGCAUCUUGAACCUUUAAAUUAUAUGCUGUAGAUGAUCCUGAAACUUAGUCAUGCUAUUGAUUGUGAAUUCUUUAAAUUUUUUUUAUUAUUAUUUUAAUUUAAAAGCAAAUGGAAAAUGUAUAUUUUGACAAGCUAGGGUGUUAUUUUUGAACGUCAACUUAAAGAUGAAUAAGCAGCAAAACUAUAUAGCUGCUGACUGCACUGAACCUUUAGAAUGUGAUCCUUUUUAUUUUUUUGUAGAUCUUCACAAACUGGUUGAUUAAAAAAGACAUCUUUAGCAUUUCAUCCCUGAAA